AUGGAUCCGCGGCUGUUAUUGCCGAUUCUGGCCUUGUUAGCGCAAGUUGAGAUACCACCAGAAAGUCAAGCCAAUGACUUUGUAGAAGUGUGCAGUGGGGAAGGCCAACUGUCUCGUGCCUUGUGGAGCUGCCAAUUCCAGGGAAAGGCCUUCGAUGUUUUGUAUUCGAAGAACCACAACUUCCUUCGGACGGUGGGGUUCCUUGCAGUACUUGCUGCAGUCCGCAACACACGUCGGGGUGGUCUACUUUUCUUCGCUCCACCAUGUUCGACAUGGGUGUUCCUGUCUUCUCCAUCAACAGGACGAACCUGGAUCUCUCCCGAAGGCUUCAGAACCCGUUGCGUGCUACUGGCCAAUAUCUUCGUAAUGAGAAUGCUUUACAUACUGUGGUAUGCUUGGCAGCGUGGUGUUUAUGUGGCCAUUGAACAACCAAUCUCCUCGGUUCUUUUUGACUGGGCACCUGUCAAGCGGCUUCUCACCUUCAUAGGGGCGAGGAAAGUUACAUUUCCAAUGGGAUCUUAUGGAGCUGCAACGAUGAAAUACACAACGAUUUGGUCUACACUGCCCGGGAUUUCCAGCCUGCGUCGCCCACUGGACGUGAAGCAGCUGCGAGAAGCCCUUGCGAGGACAGAGCUGUUGAGAUUGGGAGACAGGAAUGCAACCAAUUUGGUGCGCAAGACGAUCGACAAGAAGGGUCGCCGCCGGGUAGCAGGGAUCAAAAGUGAGUUGGCCAAAUCGGCCAAUUAUCCUCGUGGUUUUGGUAUGGCAAUAGCUGCCCUGGUGCCUGCUCGAGGGAGGACCGAUGUGGUGCAACUUCGAUGCAUCUGCAAAGAUUGCAACUGUGAAUGGGAGACCCUAGCUGCUGACACUCGAGAGGCUGAUCAGGAAGCCGGACGGGCCCAAUCUGAGGGCCAACAAUAG